GAGACCGUGUUUCUGCGGGAAACAGCUUGCCGCUGGACGUGUGUUCCGUUGAGGAAAACGUGUGGACGUACUGCUGCGAUCAUGAGAUUCGGUGAAGUUUUGUAGAAUAAUGCAAAUCCUCGAGUUCAUUUUAUAGUUUAUUUGUUGAUAAGGUAAACAGAACUGACCGUUUCCAUUUAACGACCGAACCAUCUAAAAGAAACAAUGAAGAAGAAACUGAAACAGAGGUUUGUUUACAGCUUUAUCCUCCAGUAGUUAAUGUAAAGAUAACCUGCGGCCACUCUGGGGUUACUUUUAAACAGGCUGGUUAAAGCUGUAGCCCUGCAGACAAAAUCCAGGACAAAGACCCUCAACCAUGAUAAUAGCUUGAGAGACAGAAAUAUAGAGAAAACAAAGUGAAGAGUGAGAAAAACACGGUCAAAAAUAUGCAUCAUUUUUAAAUAAGAGUCUGUAAAUAUCGGCUACCCAGGAUCAUUCAUCCAGAGCUCAGUGUAUAAUAUUAUAAUGUCAGAUAUAAUAUAACUAUUAACCAUGAAGAGCUUUGAAGGUCAGUCUAAUCUUCUGGUCGUAAUUUUUAGGGAGGUGGGGGGGGACAGUGUGAAGUAGUGAUGGGCACGGCAGUUCUUUUAGAUAUACUGAAUCACUAGGAUCAGUUCACUAAAAAGAUUUGUUCAAAAGAUUCGUUCACCAAAUCACCGAAUCACUUAAAGCUUGGCGGGAGAGGCCUGCGACCACAACCUGGUGGACUGAUACACACCUGAACGGUUCAGGAUUCAGUUCAACUCAUAGUUUCUGGGACCAGGAGACGAGAGUGUUUGGCUAUAUUGCUUUGGCAAAAGUCAUGAUGUAUUAAGUGUACUGUCCAAUGGUAUGCUAUUUAUCAGGUCUGCUCAGUAAAUUGGGCUCAGUGUGUGAUUCGUUCACUGAACAUUUAGAAGAAUUCAAACUGAACAUGCACUGUUCCCUCGCAAACUGCUGCAAUGAUAGGAUGCUGUGGGUUUAAUGCACUACUUGAUACAUGCUGUGUCCUGUCCUGUUGUAUGCAAAGUUUUAUUUGACAAAAAUUGAUUCCAAAGAGUGUAGUUCAAUGUCUGAUUCGUUCACCAAGUGAUUCAGGCGUUGGUGCAUGUGGUUCUUUGUUCGUCAGCUGCUGGCCUGGCAAUGCUGUUUCUCACUUCAGCUAUAGUGAGAAACAAAGGGUCAGUUCAUUCACUUAAAGGAUUCGGUUCUUUUGAACGAAUCGUUCAUGAACGACACAACACAAGUGUGAAGAAGCUCAUAAAGGAAGGAUGUUUCCUUCCCAGGUUCAGUCAGUGCUGUAACUGCAGUGUUUCUGUCCUCAGCGGAGAGCCAACACCUGAGCAGCAGUCAUCUGACUAUGUGGUGGGUCAGGUGUCAGGAAGUUUGUUCUCAGGAGCCUCUGGAUCAUCGCUGUCAUCUUUAUUCAGCACAGCUGCACCGGCUGCACCGCUGCUAUUUCAGCCUGUGCCUAAGGUAAGUCCAAAACAUCCAAACUUCAAUUUUUUCAAGACAGAAUUGACACUUUUGGACUGUUUUCAGUACCAGAUUGUCCGUGUUUGAUACAUUAGUCAGUCUCUGUUGUCAUUCUGGCAGCCUGUACAGAAGAGUGCAAAAGAAAAUGAGCAGCAGACAGAAACUCUGGAAGUCAAAGGUCAGCAAGGUGAAAAGGAGAAGAAGAAGAAAUCGCUCAAGUUGAAAUCAGAAGCUGAGGAGAAGCUGGAGGACAGGUGAGGCAUCCAAAGAGCUGCUGCUUCUUUUUCUGAAUCUCUCCCUUCCUUCUCUGAGAGAUUCCCCUCCUCUCACCUAUCUCCUCUCUUAUCCAUCUUUUUUCAGGGAGAGCGGUUUACAGAAGGCAGACGAGGAUGAACAAGGUCAGGAGAAGGCAAAUAAGGAGAAAAAGAAGAAAAGGAAAGCUCCUGAGGAGAACGAUGUGGAGCAGUGGGUGAUGAAAAGGCAGAAGAAGAGGGCAUUUAAGGAGGAGGAGAAGGUCAGGAGUAAGAGGACGGUGUUUGUGGGAAACCUGCCCAUUGGCUGCACUAAGAAGGUGAUUGUCAAACAACAAUAACGUCAAACAGGAAAAUGAUGAACAAGAAGUAAAGAAUCAGCUUCUUCAUUUGCGAUCUGCUCAGAAAAAAAGAGUGAUGUUCUUCCUCUUCAUUUGUAUGAUUGAAGGUUUUCAGGUCAAGUUUUGACUUUGAGUUAAGGAAAACAUCAGGGUUUUAAUUUUCCAGCACCUUUUCUCUGAAUUCUGAGAAAAUAUCUUUAUCCAGAAGUACCUGUACAAUUUUAUUACUAUUAAAACUUAUCUGAUAGUUUUUAAAAAAAGAACAUUUUUGUUUCUGUGAGAACUUUUUCUCGUUUUUGUUGAUAAUUCCUGUAAAAUUAUCUUACAUAUUGAGAAAAAACAGAGAAACCCUGAAAUAAUAAAGAGGCUUGGAUCAGAUUUAAACCUCCUAAUGAACUCUCUGUGUCUGGUUUAUGCGCCCCGCAAAGCAGAGGUUUACAAUGUUUUCUCUCUGCCUUCACUUAAGAUUUUUAAGUUCCCUUUCCUUCUUUUUUUGUUGUUAAUUUCUUAUUAAAAGGGGAAAAAAAUCUUCAUCUCUGGGUUUUUAUCUUUCAGACCCUCCAGACCUUCUUCAAGGAAAAGGGAUCCAUCGAGUCCAUCCGUUUCCGCUCUUUGGUAAAGUUUUCUGAAAGAUGGACUCACUCUUUAAACUGCAGACAGUUUCAGAAUUUUCUCAGUUUGCUUUUGGAGGUCAUAAAAAUGCUUAUGUAUCCAUCUAAUUAUGUUUCCAAACAACCUAAAAACUCCUGACAGGAGCUUUAAAUCAGUCACAUGACGUUUUUUUUUUUUUUUCCUGAAGGUCAGAGAAGAUCCCUCAAUGUCCCGUAAAGUGGCCGUCAUCCAGUGAGUGUUUCUUUUCUGGAGUUUACAGACGUGUGGAAAUCAGAUCUUCUCUGUUCUGAACAAGAAUUCUCUUUCCUCCACAGACGCAAAUCUCAUCCCAAGAAGCAGAGCAUGAAUGCCUACAUCGUGUUCAAAGACGAGGAGGGGGUGACCAGGGCACUAGAGAGGUCAGACACUCGCUCAGCGAUGAGACACAGAAAAGAAGUCUGAAUGUAUAACAAGCUUGUCCUCUGUUGGUCUGUUUGGCAGGAAUGGCACAGAGAUCGAGAAGGACUAUCACAUCCGAGUGGACAGAGUGACCGACAACUCCUCGGUGAGCUUUUACCCUUUAACCUUACCAGUUUAAGACCCGCCUACACAGACAAUACUGACCUUUCUGUUCGUCCUCCAGCACAAUCACAAACGCUCGGUUUUUGUGGGGAACCUGUCGUUUGGUGAGUUGUUCUCAUAUGCCAUGUUGAUGAUGAUGAAGUCUAAAUAUUCGCUACUUUGUGCUGACAUGAACCUGCUCUGUGUGUUCAGAAAUAAAUGAACUGGCGUUUCGGCAGCACUUCGAGGAGUGUGGUACAGUGGAGGGUGUGAGGCUGGUGCGGGACAAGAACUCUGGAAUGGGGAAAGGAUUUGGCUACGUCCUCUUUCAGGUAGGAGGACUGGAGUCCUGCUUAUUUUGGUGCUUUUAGUCCUGUUCAGGAUCUCUCUUUCCUGAAAAUUGUGAUUCAAAACUACCCAGGCAGAAGAAGUAAGAGCUGCUAAAUCAGGAAGUUUGCAAAGAUGGAGCUAACCUGAGCGCGUCGGUCCUGUACUUUGAAACCUGUUCCCUGUUUUUAGAGACUUCAGGGUCUCAGUACAGAUAUAAAAAAUCAAUGUAUUGUCUCAGUCUGACUGAAAUUGCAUUAAAUCAAACUCACACCUGGAGGAUGUGGUACGUGAUCAAUUUUCUCUGUCAUGUUUACGACUGUUCAACUGAAUCUGGCCUAAAUGUUCUGAGUUUGAGCUGGUGUUCACAUGCUGGGCUCUCCGUUAGAAGCUGAAUAAUGUAGAUGCGUUCAUAGGAAGUUCAUAAAAACAUAAAAAAUAGAGACACUAGGCCUGGACGAUAUAGAAAAAAAGCAUAUCGAUAAAAAAUAAAUCAUAUUGAUCGAUAUCGAUAUUUAUCGAUAUAAUUAUUAUAAUUAUUUAACAUAUAUUUUAAUUGCAGCCCUGGAUGUUUUAUACUAUUGCUUAAUGACCUACUUUUAAUAAAGAACACACAAGCACUGAAUUCAAAUACAAACCUUUAUUCAACCACCUUUUUUAUUUUACCACAACUGAAAGUUUUUUUUAAAAAGAACUAAAAAAAAAAAAGAAAUCAACUUAAGUGGCCUGAGUGACGUCAGUAAAUACUGACAAACAUAAAGACUAAAGUGACCAGAAAAUCUGAUAAAUAAAUAUUUAAAUAGUCUUUUGAUGAAAAUAAACAAAACAAACAAAUAUAUAAAUAAACAGAAUAGCUUUAGGUGGGAAUAGCAUACUACCAGUUUUAACUGUGUGGGAAACUGCCCACAGCCUGGUGUCUGGACACUGAAAUAUUUCUCCCGGGGUCGGGAGAUUUAUUUUUUUUUAAUUAUCAUGUGAUUGACUUAAUACACAAACUAAGCACGAGAAGCAGGACUUAUCCACGCCGGUGUUGUGUCGUAGAAUGCACCCCUGCCGAAUGCACCCCCUGCUAGUAGCCAUGAUCCAAAUACUCGCGUCUUUGUAAAAUAUGAGCUCAUUUUCUUCCAUUUUAAGAAGCUAAUGAGUGGACGGGAUGCAGGGGUGCAUUCUACAGCACAACACCGGAACGUAUUUCCUCCGCACCCUUCACACCUUUUCAACCCCUGACCCAUUUUCAUGCCUGAAGCGCUGUGUUUGAGAAAUACUUGCGGCCGGGCUCUUCAUAUCGCGGGUGGAGAGUGGCUAGAAGCUGGUCGAAGCCAGGCUUUUCAACGGUAGUUAUUGGCAGUAUGUCCCUCGCUAUGGAGCAUGUUACUGCAUGGGUGAUGUCCUUAUGCCGCUCGGACGCUCUGUCGUAUUUUGGCAAGAAACGAAGUCCAGUUUGGUCUGCUUCACAUGCUUUAUGCUGGUGCUGGCAGCGGUUCCAGAGGAUUCCUCCGACGAUGACGUGGAGCCGCGGCGCGGCCGACACAGCUCGUACUCCUGCGGGUGCGAUCGGUUUAGAUGGUAAAACAAGUUGGUUGUGUUACCAGACUUGGUUUUUACUAAUUCUCUGCAAAUUUUGCAAACGACCGCUGUUCGCUUUUUGUCAGACUUCUAAAAACCAAAACAUUGCCAUGCUGGUGAACUACUGAAACCUUUUUUCGGGACAAUGUCCUCCGCUUCUCCUUGCUGUAUCAUUUUAUCUAAUACACGUGCUGUCUGUUGUGGUUUGAUAGGGGCUGGGCUUGGUGCCGUAGCGUACCUGGGUCUGCGUUUGUGAUUGGGUGGGAGGAAGUAAUGACUGUAGUAAAAGCUACAUGAUAGGCUAUGAUGAAAAAGAAAGGGAAACUGUGUUUUUCUAUCGAACUUUUUAUCGACCCGUUUUUUUUCUAUCGCACCACACGUCUAUCGAUCGAUAUAUAUUGUUAUCGAAUUAUCGUCCAGCACUAAGAGACACAAUCAAAAAUUGGAAAAAUGCACCUGCUUCAAUGACUGGAGUGGGUUUUCUAACAGUCUGUGUUUUGUUGUCGCAGAACGCUGACUCAGUUCAGCUGGCGUUGGAGCUGGACGGCAGCAAACUGGAGGGCAGAUCUAUCCGGGUGAAGAGGUCUGUGAAAAAGGAGAAACUGAAGAAAACUGACAGUAAAGGGAACACAGGGAGGGCCGGGAAAGGCCCCGCUAAGGGCCCGAUGAGGAGCCAAAUGAGGGGCUCAGGAAGGGAGCAAGGAGGCGGUCGAGGAGGCUUUAAACCUUCAAGAAAGUUCCCCGGAAACCAGCAGAGGGCGACAAAAAGCCCAGGCUCAUUCAAAGGAGAGAUGACGAAUCCAAACAAAAAGUCCAAAAAGAAAGGACUGAAGAAGAAACUAAAGCCUAAAAAAUCUGUCCACAUCUGAGGAAGUGAAGCUGUCUGAGGACUCGGCGAUGACGCUCUCUGCUCUGAACAUACCAACAACUCAGAUCCAGAAAGCAAGUUUAUGGGGAUCUACAGAAGACCAGGAUAUUGUUUCCUUAACUGAACCCCGAACCUUCCUUCGGCGCAUGAGCUGUUUGUAAAAGUGUAAUAAAUUCGUGUUUUCUCUCACAUGUACAAAAGUGUUUUGAACUAACCAGGUUAGACCCCAGCUCUUUACCCUCUCACUGCUGCUUUGAGGGACUGAACUGUUACCUGCUGUCGCUCCUGUUCGCUAAAAAUAUUGUGAUUAUAAUAAAAAGACUACAUUUUUGUCAAAGAUGGCAGGAAAUGAUAAUUUUCCACAGAACUGAUAGAUCUGUUGUUACUGAGGGUUAAUCAAAAAUAUUGAACUUUCUAACAAUAUUCAGAUUUUUUUAACACUCCCAUUUAACAAGUGGACUGAGCCAUGACCUCUGAUUAUUUUGAAGUUUGUGAGAAAAUGGUUUUACUUCUUUUAUUCCUUCAGUAACAUUUUCUUGUUCGUUUAGGAAAUAUAGCUUAAGGGACCAGAAAGGAGGGGAGGAGUCAGACAGGCCUCAGAUAGCUAGGAUCGACCAAUAGCAUCCAAGGACAUGAAAGAGGUGUUCAGUUGUAUCAAAGAUACAGCUCAAAUUCCCAAACCUCUAAACCUGAAUUAAAUUACAGGUACUGACUCUAUGCUAAUAUGUACAGCAGCCCAACUACUUUUAUCAUAAAAGAGGCCAAAGAACCACCGUGAUAUCUGCUGGACCAUCAGAGACUUUGAAAAUAAGUCAAAUGAGGACGCCAUGGUUUUUGCCAUUUUUAUUUGUUUUUUCCCUAAAGAGGUUUUUCCUCUUUAUGAUGAAGAAAACAUUUGAUCACUUUUUAAAAAGUGUUUCCAAGUCUGGAACAGAAGGACAACUGAUAACAAAACAAUAAAUACUCUGAAGCAUCUGAGCAGUGACGAAACUCCAGUUUCUGUAACUUUCUACCUCUGAUAUUACAAGAACCACGAUGAAGACUAGUACAAACAUGGCAGACAGUGUAAACCUGGUGCGUGACGCUGUCAGGAUGUGUGCGACGCCACCCUGAGAGAAGAAGCUGAUUCAUGUUUCAAUGAUACCUAGUCCAGUUAGCACAGACUAAGUUAUAGUGGAACAGGGACAGGGUUUGGUUUUCUUCAUGGGUUCACGGUCAAGAUACACUUGAUACCCCAAAAACGGGUAAUUUAAGUAAAAAACAAAGACUACUGUUAUGGAUCAACCAGGAAUAAAAAGUGAAGGUCCUGGAGGACGCUCUGAUGGGGAGUGACAGACAUCGGCCAGAGUGAUGGAGGCCGAGGUGUUGGCAGGUCAUAAUGAAAGGUGGAGUCCAUGUGGAGAGAAGGACGACAAAGACGAGCCUGAAGAGGGUCUGGGUUCAAUCUUCUUAUUCUAUAUCAUCCUCGCUCAGACUCUGUGCACUCACGAUACGCUGCAGGGCAGAGAGCAGAGUGUCAAGAGCAUGUCGGAAAUAGACAGGGGGAUGAAGACAAGCUGAUCAUGCAGACAGUGUUAGGAGAGUUCAGGUGUCUGAUUGUCUCACCUGGCUGAUGGUGGGCAGUUUGGUGAGCAGCAUCUGGAAGACAGGAGGCGGCAGAGUCUGUUGCAACACCUGCAGCAGCUGCUGGGGCUGACCACACACCGCUAUGGCAUUGGUCAGGUGGUCCACACCUUUCUCAUAGUCUCCU